CUGAAAAUUUUUCCUCAAUGGAUAGGAAAUCCAAUGUACUGGCUUUCCCCAAUUUUCUCCAUGACUAAAAUAGGAAAAAGUUACAACAGAGACAUUGAAAUAAUUCAUCGAUUCGGCGAAAAGCUGUUUAAAGGGAAAAAAGAAACUUUUCUAAAAAAAAUGCAGCAGCAACAUUCUUUAGACAAAGAAACACAUAAUGAAGAGGAACCGAAGAUCAAAACAAAACAGCGUGUUAUAGAUGCAUUGUUGGAUCUUCAUGUCAAACAAGGUUUAAUAUCCGAAAAAGACGUUAUCAGAGAUAUGGAAGGGACUAUUUUUGCGGGUCACGACUCAACUGCCCACGCCAUGUCAUGGACUCUUUAUUUUUUGGGAAAAUUCCACGAAAUACAAGAGAAUGUGUAUCUAGAAUUGCAAGAAAUUUUCGAAAAUGAUAUGAAUAGAGAUAUUACUAUUGAUGACCUGACGAAAAUGACGUACAUAGAAUGCGUAAUUAAGGAGUCGAUGAGAAUCUAUCCUCCAAUUCCUUUUAUUGCAAGAAAAAAUCCUUCAGAAAUGAAAAUAGGUAAUUACGUGUUACCUGCAAAUUCGAGUCUUGUCAUAAAUAUCUAUGGUAUUCAUCACAAUCCUUCCGUUUACGAAAAUCCCGAAGUGUUCGAUCCAGACCGUUUCCUACCCGAAAACUAUAAAAAUCUUCAUCCUUAUGCAUUUCUGGCAUUUUCUGCCGGGCCACGAAAUUGUUUCGGAGGUAAAGGUGCAAUGAUUACAACGAAAAUGGUUUUGGCAAAUGUUCUUCGUAAUUUUAAAGUUUACUCUUUAGAUCCUCAAGAUAAGAUCGUUACUUCUGCGGAAGUUAUUUUGACUCCAAUAUCAGGUAUAAGAAUGUGUGUAGAAAAAAGAUGUAAGUCGUAAGAUAUGAAAUAACCUGAUCGUUGGGAUAGUUUUUAUUACAAAUAUAUAUAAACAUAGGUUCAUAUCAUAAAAUCUAUACGAGUGCAUUUAAAAACUGUAUCGAAAUAA